GUUUUUCAAUAACAUUGAUCACUGAACAUUUUCUUCAACAAUAUUUGUUUUACUUUAAAAGUUUGUGAAUUAAGCUAAUUAAGAGCUAUGAAUUUAGAGGAUAAGAUUCUGGGUGAGAAAUUGCAAUAUUAUUGCAGUAGUUCAGAGGAUGAAGGUGGAGAUGACGAAUAUGAAGGCUCUGGAAGUGGAAAAGGGCAAGGCAAAUCUCAAUUGUCUAUUGAUCCAGCACUUCCGCAAGAUUCUCAUCACUGGAGUGGAAAUUCUGCAAAUACAGGACCAAAGGGUGUAAUUAAGGAUUGGCAGAGAUUUAAGCAAUUGGAAACAGAAAAGCGAGAUGCACAGGAACGUGAACGUCUUGAUUUAUUGAAAAAGCUCAGUAUUACAGCCAAAACAACAGCUGAAGAUCAAAAGGCCAAAGAACAGGCUGAAAUGGAAGCAGAACUUGAGGAUUUAUUGAAUGAUGACUUUCUGCUUGAAUUUCAAAAGCAACGGAUGCAGGAAAUGCUUCAAAUGUCUGGUUUACUUCCGAAAUUUGGUACUUUAAUUCAUCUCACGUCUGGUGAUGAUUUCCUUAAAGCCGUUGAUAAUGAGAACAAGAAUGUAUCUGUAAUCAUUCAUAUCUACGAAGAAAAGUUCCGUGCAUGCCGUACUAUGAAUUCAUGCCUUGAAAAACUGGCACCAGAAUAUCCGCUCAUAAAGUUCUGCAAAAUAUUAAGUACGGCAACACAGUUAAGCAAGCAAUUUAAAAGUUCAGCACUGCCAGCAUUGCUCGUCUAUAAAAAUGGACAGAUAAUUGGGAACUUUGUAAGACUUCAUGACGAGCUUGGCGAUGAGUUUUAUCAUUCGGAUGUUGAAAAUUUUCUAAUUGAGCAUUCUUUAUUAACUGACAAGACACUCGUUCCGAUUAUAUCGACCCUAAGUUCACAGCAGCAGAAUAACGACGAUGACGACGAUUAAUUAACUUUUAAUUGAAUUUAAUCAUGUAUCUCAUUCAUCUAAAUUACUAUACAUUUUAUAACACCCUAAAUCAUUAAGUUAAAGCAACGUUUUUUAUUUGUACGCUUUUGUGCAAUCAUAUUUAUCACAAUAAACAUUCUCGAG